AUGGUGUACAUUAUCGUUCUACCUGAAAGGGACCCACUCCUUGGUCUAUUGGGAGCUUCAUUGGUUGGCGAUCAUCUAUUUUACGAGCUCCGCUCCGUUAAUCGAGCGCGGGCACUUGAAAAAGGCUUCUCAUUGUUUUUUGCUGGAAGCUUUGAACAUAUUGAUCUACUCGGAAGUUUCAUUCUGCUUUGCUAA